UGUAUCAACUCUUGCCUUGCUCCGCGUCUCUCAGGGACUCUCAGCCAGCUCUCCAUCUGCGGCCUGCUUUAUCGCUCUGACCAACCUUUGCAUGCGCCAACAACCAAGAACCAUGGCCCAGCAACAGCAGAUUAGCCUUCCUGCCAAACUAAUCAAUGGAGGGAUUGCAGGCAUGGUUGGAGUCACCUGUGUCUUCCCAAUAGAUCUGGCCAAGACCCGCCUGCAGAACCAGCGCAAUGGGCAGCAACUGUACAAGAACAUGAUGGAUUGCCUUAUUAAAACUGUCAAAUCUGAAGGGUACUUUGGCAUGUACAGAGGUGCUGCUGUAAAUCUUACCUUGGUAACCCCAGAGAAGGCCAUAAAACUAGCUGCUAAUGACUUCUUUCGCCACCAGUUGAGCAACAACGCUGGCAAGCUUACGGUUUUCAAAGAGAUGCUGGCGGGAUGUUGUGCAGGAAUGUGCCAAGUCAUCAUCACAACGCCAAUGGAGAUGCUUAAGAUACAGCUGCAAGAUGCUGGCAGGCUGGUGGCUCAGCAGAGGGUGAUGCCCAGCGUUGUGACGACGCUGAAGAUGGGGGGGACCAGCGCUGUUCUCAGUCGUUCUUACAACACCGCCCCUAAGCCUCGGGUCAUGCGUAUGUCUGCCAUAGAAAUAACCAGAGAGCUGCUGAGGACCAAAGGAGUUGCAGGUUUAUACAGGGGUCUUGGGGCCACACUGAUGAGGGACAUCCCGUUCUCUGUUGUGUACUUCCCUCUGUUUGCCCAUUUGCAACAACUUGGUCAACAUUCAUCAGAAAAUUCAUCUGUGCCUUUCUAUUGGUCCUUUAUGUCUGGAUGCUUGGCUGGAUCCGUUGCCGCUGUAGCCGUCAGCCCUUGUGAUGUUGUGAAGACAAGGUUGCAGUCGCUCAAGAAGGGACCCAAUGAGGAGACCUACAACGGAGUGGUGGACUGUAUCAGAAAGAUCCUGAGAAAAGAGGGUCCCAGAGCUUUCCUUAAAGGAGCCAGUUGCCGGGCGUUGGUCAUUGCCCCACUCUUUGGCAUUGCCCAAGUUGUUUACUGUGUCGGAGUUGGCGAGUUCCUGCUGGGUUAUAGCCCCUACAACAUCUACUCUGCAUAAAAAAGUCUGUCUCUGGGCCUUUAUGGAGGCUUAUUAAACUGCGAGUGUUGCAAUCUGGGUGAUGGGCCCAGCUCUCUACAGCCGUCUAAACUCUUUAUUUGUAGAGGUCUAGAGAUCAAUGCUAAAGGGACCACAAAUAUGCUGUUCACUGUGCCUUCGUCUUGCUUGUGUUUUGCAACUUUAACUUUGAGAAGACUAAAGUUGGUACUUCCAAGUCUAUGGGCUUCAGUGGAGCUUCCUGCUUCCCUCACUGAGGGACUAUAUUGUGCGAUGAAUGUUUUGCCCAGAAGAAACCAGACCUUUCCCCCUGUUUUUAGAUUUGAGCCAUACCUCUAAAUAUACCCCCACACCAUUUACCCCUUACUGUAACCCUAACCUGCAUACCAUAUCAGCUGUAUUCUCUUGGCAACCAUCAAGUGAUGUCUUGGAACAGCGUUUCAAAAAAAAAACUGCAAGCAUAAAACUGAAAUCUUACUUUCAUCUUUUUUUUUUUUUUUUUUAAAGGUUAGGUCUGGUGCUCGAUCCUGGUCUUUGUAUAUAUUGUAUAUUUAAAGUUGACUGUUUUUCACAUAACUUCUGCCACAAGAUAUUUCUUUACUGGUGUCCUUUAAAUAACCUGACAAGGAAAAAUGAGGAAAGCAGAUUGUUUAAGGGGUCACAGCUUGCAAAGAAAUAAACAUUUGGGGCCUCCAUUCACCAGUUUACUUUUAAUGGCUCUAAGGGGCUUUUGGAGAGAACUUUGUCCAAAAUGUUUUCUUACACAAACUCACACAGGACGGUUUUUGUUGUGUUAAGUUCAAGAAGAGUUAUAGCUGUGUACUUUCCCUGUGCACGGAGGAUCUCAGACUGAAAUGUUCUGUUGAUUUCAUGUGCGGAUAUACGUUGUUUUGUCGUCAAAUGCCAAAUCUGGGAGCAGUGACUCAUGUGUCCUGUAUUUUUACUGUUCACAAUCUGUCCAAGUGAAACGGAAACUUGAAUUUUUCAAGUUUAUGAAAGAGUCACGCGAAUAAAUAAACUGUCAAUAUGCUAAACAAAA